GAAAAACAGGCUAAAUCACGCUGUUUAUCUGUUUGUGACCAUGGAGAGGCGAGCGUCCAGCAGCAUUCCCGGAACGCUGCUUCUGGGAAAGACCGAGACGGGAGAGCUGGAGGACUCCGGGGAGUCUCCGGGAAAACCGCCGCCGGCCGAGAUGUUCCUGGAGGAGAACCGGACCGGAACCGGAACCGGACCAGUGGCCGUGACCGGGGCUGUCACGCUCAGCUACCUGGAUGCCGGCUACAAAUACGUGGGCUCGUCCGCCUCCCCCACCCCCCUGUACAACGCCACCGGAGUGGGAGUGAGCUACUACCCCUCCUCCAGCACGGAGGCCCACGGACCUGCCCCCGACCCCGGCCUGCACCCCCUGGGCAGCCUGCCUGCCAGCCCCCUGGUGUUCCUACCCUCCAGCCCCCAGUUCCCCGCCUUCGUCCACCCCUCCCACCACCUGGCUGGCCCUCAAGGACCCUACUACCUGGAGGGAACCUCCACCCCUGCCUUCAGGCAGAACGUCGGAAGCAAAACACAGACCAUGCGGGACCAGUUCAGCAGUGCCGCUGAAAGUCAACCGCCAUCGGACACAACGAAGGAGACCCGCUAUUGCGCCGUGUGUAGCGAUUACGCAUCGGGGUACCACUACGGCGUAUGGUCCUGCGAGGGCUGCAAAGCGUUCUUCAAGAGGAGCAUACAAGGUCACAAUGACUAUGUCUGCCCGGCGACCAACCAGUGCACCAUUGACAGGAACCGCAGAAAGAGCUGCCAAGCCUGCCGACUGCGGAAGUGCUACAAGGUCGGCAUGAUGAAGGGGGGACUGCGUAAGGACCGCGGGGGGCGUCAGCUUCUCCGGGAGCGCCGUAAGGAGAUCGGGCAGCAGGAGAGGGGCUACGGCGACCUGGUGGGCCCAACCGCCCUGCAGGUGCCGGUCCAACUGGCCGGCGUUGGCCCUGGCCUGGCCCUGCCGGUGGACCAGGUCCUGGCCCUGCUGCUCAGCGCCGAGCCUCCCAGCAUCUGCUCCAACCGCAAGCACAGCCGCCCGUACUCCGACGUCACCAUGAUGACCCUGCUCACCAACCUGGCCGACAAGGAGCUGGUGCACAUGAUCGCCUGGGCCAAGAAAGUACCCGGGUUCCAGGAGCUCUCCCUCCACGACCAGGUGCAGCUGCUGGAGAGCUCGUGGCUGGAGGUGCUACUGAUCGGGCUGGUGUGGCGCUCCAUCCACAGCCCGGGGAAGCUGCUGUUCGCCCAGGACCUCAUCCUGGACCGGAACGAGGGCAGCUGCGUGGAGGGAAUGGCGGAGAUCUUCGACCUGAUCCUCGCCACCGUCGCCCGCUUCCGCACCCUCAAGCUGACGGUCGAGGAGUUCGUCUGUCUCAAAGCCAUCAUCCUGCUCAACUCCGCGGCGGUCCCGUUCUGCACCAGCUCGGUGGAGCCCCUGAAGGACGGGCCCAUGGUGCAGUGCAUGCUGGAUAAGAUCACGGACACGCUCAUCCACUACAUUGGCCGCUCGGGGCUGGCAGCGCAGCAGCAGUCCCGCAGACAAGCCUGGCUGCUGCUGCUGCUGUCUCACAUACGGCACAUGAGCAACAAAGGCAUGGAGCACCUGUACAGGAUGAAGUGUAAGAACAUGGUUCCCCUGUACGACCUGCUUCUGGAGCUGCUGGACGCCCACAGACUGCACUCCCCCACCUGGACCGGGCAGGCCAGGUCCCCCACCUGGACCGAACAGGUGGGGGAGAAUGGGCCCUCCAUCCCUGUGACCUGCUGCGUCCAGAACACCCUUGAUGUGGUGUCCUAACACACCCCCAACAGGAGGACACCCCCCCCCCCCCCCCCCCCCAAAAAAAAAUACCCAAAUUCAGUUAAACACCUGAUUCAGGUGACGGUCAGGUGACGGUCAGGUGACUCCUGCGCUUCUCCGAAGUUGGAAAAGUAAAGAAAACAAAAAACAAACAAGUUUACCUUUGGACUACCACAAAAUACAAACCUUACAAGAGCCAAUUUCAUUAAUUUCAUGACGAAUUCAAUGAAAGCACAUUCAAUUGAGAGAUGAAUGUGAAGAUGUCCAGAUCAGUGUUUUGUCAACGACUGAAUAAAAACCUCAUUUUCUGCGCCGGCAGACGGCCAGGCGGAUUUCCGAGGCCGGGAAAGGUCCAGUCCGUUUGUGUCAGGUUUCACGCCAACCCUAAUUUGUCGCACCUGAUUCCACUAAUUAGCAGCUGAACACGAUAUCUAUCCGUGUGCUUUGUCAGGGUUGGAGUGAACACCUACAGGAUGCUAGAUCUCCAGGGACAGGGUUGGGCAGCCCUGCUCUAGCUGUUGAAUGAGGUGUACUUUGUUAAGGUUGGAGUGAAAAUGUACAGGACAGUUGAUCUCCAGGAACAGGGUUGGGCAGCCUCGCUCUAGCUGUUGAAUAAGGUGUACUUUGUUAAGGUUGGAGUGAAAAUGUACAGGACAGUUGAUCUCCAGGAACAGGUUUGGGCAGCCUCGCUGCAUAUUCUGCUAAUAUUGUGGUGAACUCACUUGUUAUCAACAUAAUGUAGAUGCAAAACUGUACAAUCAAUAGAAAAAACUAUGUAUUUUAAAACACAUACACGCAGGUAUGCAAACACGCAAUGUGUGUAGUGUGUUUGUACAUAUAUUGAAUCAUAUAUAUAAUAUUUGAAAAUACACUUUGCAGUAUUAUUUUGUUAUAUUUAUACCUGUCAAUAUUACAAAAUUUAGACAGAUAUCACAUUUUACCCCUUCAAUUAGAGAUUGUUUUUAUUGUUGACAUAUAUUGACAUAUCCACCGUCUUAAAAAUGUAAAAUAUAAUUGUAAAUAUAUUUUUAGAAGAUGAAAUUGGGAAGUGCCUGCGAUGGUCAGCGAGCUUAUGGAAGGCUGGGCUCUUCAGACACACUCGUACUCAGAACGUUUCACCCGUAGUUUCAGGUUCACCACAGGACUGAUACAUGAACAGGACAAAAUGUCUGUUUAAUUUACACUUAAAUCCAUAAUGCCCCCCCCUUAUACGCGAUCCCCCCCCUGGCGCAAUGUGGGGUUAACGGUUUUGCUUAAGGGCCCAAAGGUUGUGCAGAUCUUGCUAAAAUGGGGCUAAAAUGGGGCUUGAGUCACCUUCCUGGUCCCAGUCAUGUACUUUAGCCAUUAGGCAUCAGGCUGCCUACUGUCAAUCAAUAACCGGAACAAACUUUUGAUAUUUACCCAGUUAAGGCAUUUACUCAGCUUUUCUGUAUCCAGGUAUGAUGGAAAGAACUCGCAAAUCUUUCUUCAGUUUCAGGAUAGUGGUCAAAAACUACUACCUUUUUAACGAAACAAGAAAUUCAUGUAUAUUAACGUUAUGUUUUUUUGAAAUUGUGAAAGCGUUCUUGAGUUUGUGUGAUCUAGGAGUCACAGUGUGUCCUGUGGUAAUGCAUGGCAAAGACCAUUUUGUUAUUGAAAACCCUGUUGGUUCUUUUGAAAAGUUGAAUAUCUCUGCAGAUCAUCUACAUGAAAUAGGGGGUGAUGAUUGUCAAGGAAUUGACUUUCAAAAUCUUUUGUGCAAAAAUCUAUUUCUUGAGCGUAAUUAGACGAUAGAUUUUAAUUCUGAAGAGUGUUUUUCCACAACUGGUCUCUACCUUGUGGAUCCCUUUAUGCAAAGCUUACCAGUUGAGGUCCUACUCAUCUUGGAAAGAGUGGUGAACUUAACGUAGAGUGCUGGAAAUCAAUACUGGAAUUACUUCCAUAAAAUAUCACAUCAAUUUUAUUGGCGCCUUUUGCAGAGACAUGUCACAAGGACACUUUACGGAGUAACAGAAGGAACAUUGGGCAAAAACGCUGCAUGAAUCCCCCAAAAGCAAUCAAGCAAGAUAAGAAAAACUCCCUGAUGGGAAGAAAUCUCAGGAGGUCCCCAGCUAUAGAGGGAGAGCCCACCACUGGCCUGUGUAUCGAAGAAGCGUUGGUCUUCAUCGAAUAUGUAUGUUCAAGGGUGGAUUUUUGCACAGAGUUGCAUCGAUAUCCUUAUUAUUACGUCGCUUUGGAUAAAAGCUUCUGCUAAAUAAAAUAUAAUGCAAUGUAACAUCCAGUGUCCUACAUACAUGCUAUAAUUGUUUUUCCAGUUUGGCUGAAAACUAUUGUUGCAGACAACUGUACCAUUUGUUUGUUUUUUUUUUGAUACCAAAACUCCCUAAAGUGAACCUUGAGUACAAACUGAAUCUGAAAACUAACUAAAAAAUAAUGCUGUGUUCUUUUUCUAAGAGCGAAGUGAUUGGUUGAGAGCGUGGUUGUUAAGGUUACAACACCACAGUUUAUAGAGGCGCAUGUCCUUAAUAAGACAUGCUGCUGACAAGCACUGACUCUCCUCACUUCAGUGAAUGUCAUUCAUCAACAAAGGACAGUAUGUUCAUUCAUUUGGAUUCAUUUUGAACAGUAGAAUGACCAUGAGUUGAAUCAGUCCCUUCAUUUGAGUGGGUUAAAAAGUCUUUUUUUUUUGACACCCAAAAAUGACGCAGUCUUCAAAAUAACAUUAAAAAAAUAAAGUUUGUCAGUGCUACAGAAUAUGCCUGAAAUGCCUGCAUCGCUCAAUUUUUUGCAUUCUUUUCCUCUUUUAUACCUUCAUUUUGAUAUUCCAGUGAAGAUGAAAACGGUCAGAUAAAAUCCACAGGGAGAACCAUGCUUAUCCAUCGUGCCCUUUUGGGUUUUGUUUUAGCAGAAUAGUACCCAUGUCACAGUAUGAAAUGUGAGAAUUUUUCUAAGCCAAAAAUUAAGAUUGUUGUACACUGACCCAAGGUGGAAAUGUGUACUGAACUGUAAAAGCUAAGCUCAAACAAAGCCAUCACUGCUAAUGAGUCUACCUGUGGGACAUUGUGGUGAUGCUUUUUAUCGUGUGCAUUCGUGGGCUGGCUUGUGGCUUUAUAUUACAUAUUGAUAUUUUAGAUAAAUAUUGAAAAAAAGCUAAAUGCGGCUUAAGUGCCUUACAAUUGAAACAACCACAGACAUCGCAUUUUUCUUCAUAUUGAACUUAAUCUGCGAGCUCGCAGUCGAUGGUUGGUGGUCUCCGUCGAUGAUCCUCACUGAAAUAAAAAAAAUAAAAAUGUU